GUUCAUACAAUAUAGUUGAAUUUAUAAACAAUAUGUCAUACAUUCAAUAAUUAAUUUGUCGAUAAAUCGAUGUUACUUAACAUUUAAGAAACUGAACAAAGUUAACUAGAUUUAAAUAAAUUUUUGUGUAAUGUAAAACGUUUGCCAAGUAAAAAUUUAACUAAAUCCCAAUUAUUUUAUUUAAAAAGUUAUAAUGUUGCCCGAUUUUAUGUGUAGACCUUUAAUGUAAGGAAUUAUUAUUUUAAUUAGAUUAGCUUGCUCUUUGGAAUUCUAUAUCCUGGAUACAUGUCAUAUAAAGUACUAAAGACAAAAAAGUCAAGUAAUUAUGGUAUUUGGCUUAUGUAUUGGAUUACAUUUUCAUUAUUUACUUCAGUAGAAACAGCAACAGAUAUUAUUAUUAGUCCAUGGCUUCCAUUUUAUAAUGAAUUAAAGUUAUUAUUUCUUUACAUGACAUAUCCAACAUCGGAUAGCUCACUCACUUAUGUUUACAAAAAUAUUGUCAGUCCUUUCAUAAAAAAACAUGAAAAGGAUAUUGAUGCUCAAAUAAAUAAUUUUAAACGUGGCAGUUUACAAACACUGAUGUCAACUGGAAAAAAAUGUACAAAUAUGCUUAUGAUUUUGCUUUAUCGAACUCUUCAAAAUAAUGGCUUUGUUGUUGGUCAAUUCAUCAAUACUAAUAUCAACAGUAUAGCCAUAACUAAUACAAGUGAUGAAACGGACGGAAAUAACAUUAAUUGGGACAAUAAUGUGGACAACUCAGAUAAUGAAUCUAAUGAUGAAGUUCCAAUAAAACUAAUGCCAAGACAUUUAGAACCAGAAUAUUCUUUUUCAGAAAUGUAUAGCGGAAGUCAAGAUAAUCAAGAAGUUACACAAGGGCCACCUUCUUCAAAUACUAGAAAAAGAAAGAAAGCUCAUUAAUAAUUCUAUUAUAUAAAUUUUAAACUCAUUACUCUUUGUUUCUAUAUUUAAUAUUUUCGAUUACUAUUUCUAGGGCAUAAGACUUUUUUACAUUAAAUUUUAAUGUUGAUCUCUUUUAUUAUAGAAGAUUUUUAAUAAUAGAUUUAUUUAUUGUAGUAUAUACCAAAACGAAUAUCAAGAUUUUGAAAAACUACUUCUAUCAUUUUUAAUCAAA